AUGCAGCACAUCUUGAACGAAACAUACCGCGAUCAGAUUGCAGACUACGUGCACAAAUCACCUCUCUAUGGAAUGCUUGACUUUUACAAUGAAAACUUUCCUGCGCCUCCAUAUGGACAGAAUCUCGGUAUUGAGGGCUUGACUCAAACUGUUCCCAGCGCCAUUAUCUGGGGAGAGCUCGAUCCAUAUCUAAGUCCGGCUAUGCUCACUGGUCUCGAGGCUUGUAUGGAAUUAGACUAG